UGGGUUAUUUCCCUUUGUGCAGCUGACAAUGACAUCACGAACAUGGCAGAUAAUGGAAAAUGUCAAUUAGACAGAUAGGAAAUAAAAAUACAAAUCGCCAAUUUGGUAAUGUUUGUGUGUGAUUUGUGUGACAUACCGGAAAGAUGCUGAUUUGAAUGAUGGAUAGACUUUUCCAGAGAGAGAAUAGUGUUUCAUAUAGUUCUAGCCACUCAGCUUUGGAUGGUAUUCCAUUUAGAAUUGGAUCAAGUUUUACACAAAAACACAAGGUUGCUAGCUCAGCAGAUUUGAAGUUCUCAAGAGUCAAUGCUGUUGAAGAAGAGUAUGACUUCUCCUUAGAGGAAGGAGUAUUGAAAUGGGCAGAUGAGAGACAGAAGCAGUUAGCUGCUCAGCAACGGAUUGAAGAGCAACUGCGGUUAGCAAGGGCACAAGAACAGCAGCAGGCGGGGCAACAAAGUUCCGACGACUCGGGACUCUCAGACCAUGAGUACGAGAAUGAAGGUUGGACGAAUAACAGUGAAACUGCUCCGACUAUGGGUGGGGCUAGGCCUCCACCAGUGAGUCGUAAGCAACCCCCACCCAGACCAGUGUUGCCCAAGAUUUCAAAUGAUAUAUUGACUCCCGUUAAUGUUUCAAAUCAGAACGACUCUUCUAAUGAAGACGAUGGAUCCUCUAAAAAGCCUGUUGAUUUCUCGCUAUUUGAGACAGAGGAUGAUCCUUUCGAUCGAUUCGAGAGAUUGACGCUGAAUGAUUUGACGGAACUCAAGAGUGUGUUUGACAAUAAUGGAAACGGAAACAAUAAGGAAGCAGGGAGUGGAUCCAAGAAAUCUGAGGGUGUGUAUGAAAACACAAAGAUUUUGAACAAUCCACCUAAUGGUGUGGUGAAUUCGGCUUCAUCCGUGAAUCAUUCUAGAAGUGAUAAAGUGGAUGGAGGGGACUUUGUUGAACUAGAUAUCACAAAGAAGCCAGAUAAAGCCCCUAGAAAGAAAGAGGGGAAAAUUGCGAGAAAGCAAAAGACUUACAAGGGAAAGAUUAUACCCCCUGUACCUCCCCGGCCAAGCUUAUCAGCCAAGGGUCCCCUCCCUCCCAUAGGAUCAGAGACAUCCAAUGGUGCCCAUCAAGGUCACCUUGGAGCUGGAAAAUCCACAAAUCCCUUUGAACAAGACAUUGUAACUGACAGUGCUCAGGUAGAACCUGUGUAUAAAAAUGAAGAACCCUCUGGCUCUUACGAAAACGUCAGUUUACAAACUGAUCAAAGAACAGUUAACUUUUCAAAGACGACAUCAUUUGGUAUUGUCGAUAAUGUGAAUGACUCAUCACAAAGCACUAAUCCAUUCCUUUCUGCAAAUCAACCAUCCCAGGACCCGGCCUCCAGAAAUGCCAAAGCAUAUGUUAACGUAGCUCCAGUGAAAUCUACGGGGAUUCCUAUAUCAGGAAUGCCUCCGCCCUAUUCGGCCAUUAGUCCUGUAUCAGACGGCUUUACUAACCAGAGUCAAGACCUACCCCUCCCACUCACCAUCUCACCCCCACCAAGACCUUCAUCUAAGCAGGAACCGACGGACACUGCACCUCUAUCCUGGAAUCGGUACUCACCGUUACCUCAACCUGCUCAGUCCGGAUUCACAACAGGAAGUCCUAGUUCCUUGUCAUCAGGAAGUUUGACGGAACCAAAGACGGUGGUUCCUCCAGAUCCCUACAGUAACCUGCCUCCAGACUCCAGGCGAGUGGUGGACAGCGUAGCCAGUAUGGGCUUCCCCAAGGCUCAGGCAGCACGUGCUGUGGAAAAGCUGGGUGCAGACCAAAAAGAGGUCAUUGAUUAUCUGUGUGUGGUUGGAAAACUAACAGACAAGGGACACAACUCACUCCUUGUUGAAAAAACUCUCGUCCUGUUCAAGAACAACUCCGAAAAGAGUGAGAGGUUCUUAGCCUUGUUUAAGCAGUUUCAGGAGCUGGGAUUCAGUGACCACAGAAUCAAGGAUGAACUGGUGAAGAAUGAUCUGGACAGUGAUAAAACACUGGAUUCCCUCACAGCCUGAGUGCUCCACUGAAUCCUAAAACCAAACUAGUGUCCAUUAUUUCAGGCAUUACCUGUUAGAAACCAAGUCCUGCAUUAGACAGAGACCGAUCCAAAGUUUAGUACAAUGAAAGAAGUACUUAUGCCCCACAAAUGUAUGAUUAUUUUGAAUUGUUUAUAAUAUUGAUAACAUUUGCUGUUAAUAAGCCCAGAGAUUCAAAUCCAUCAAUGAUGUGAAUGGUAUUAGGUUUUGUUGUUACUGUUGACCAAUUGAAGUAUUUGUAUUUGAUCUGUAUAGUUGGCGAGUGCAAUGGUUUUUGAUUUAUUUGAUUGUUUUCUACACAAUUUUGUCUUUUAGUUUCAUAUAGAAUAGUUAUUACGUUGACUUGUUAUGUUGAUUAGUACUAAGUCAGUGACCAGUCAUAAGCAUUAUCUCUCAUCUGCGAUAAUUCCCCACUUCAACAACACAAGCCAUUAAAGCUAUAAAGAUCAAUAUCCAUGAGAGCUGGAGAUCAGAGUUCCAUAUAUAUCAUAGCAAAAGUAUGCAUUUAUAUACUGUACAUGUAUUACAUGUAUGUGUAUUCACUUUUAAAAAUAUUGAAGGGCUCAGUCAGUAUUCCUUUCAUUCAGAGAUUUAUUGUAUGUUUAAUACAUGACAUUGUAUAAGAAAUGAACAAAAUUCCUUGAACAUUUAGGUACCACCAGAAACUAAAUGUCAUUGUCAAUUUUCCAUUUUCAUGCAUGAUUCUCCCAAUUGUUAUUAAAUGCAGUCUGACUGCCCAAAAUGUGUUCACAUGCAGUGCAUGCAGACAUAUACCUGUCUUAAUGUACACAGUGGCCAUCGUUAAGAUUUUUUUUUUACUGUUGGUAUAAACAACAAUAUUAAGUAGAUGUCACACAAUUUUGUUGGGCUUUCUUUUUUGUACAUGUAUAGCUUGUCUAUCUCUCUCCUCAAAUUUGCUCAUCAUGAUGUCUCAAUCUGUUAUUGUCAGCUUCUUGUCAAUUAGUGCUUCAAAAGGUGAGGUUUGAAAGCUGUAGAGCAUCAGAUUAUUUGUCAGUGAAAAAUCAUGCUAGAGAAAAAAAAAACACGAAACAAAUUAGACUCAUUUGCAUUCAUUUACUUACAAUUUAAGUAGUUCCAGUAACAAUUAUUGAAUCCAAAUUUCAAGAAAAAGAGAGCAGCAAUUUUUAUAUGUACUAAAAUAUUUUACAUUUUAUUGCCAAGUAAACUAUAGAAUAAGUCAUUUUGAUAUGUACAUGAUCAUUAUACCUUUCGUACUUUACCCAAAUUAUUGUGAUAAGGAGGACUGCUGGGGUUAUUUUCUAAGUCAAUAAACAGGCUGAGUCUGCAUGUGCUUUUAUUCAACAUGAUUUCAUGUAUAUAUGACUACCAGUUGAUUGGUUUUAAUGUGUUAGUGUGUUCCAUCUUUGACAUAUCACUGUAUAGAAUUAAAUUAUUAUAUGGUUAUCUAA